AUUUUCUCUUCUUUGAAAAUUAUCAAAAGGUUUUAAAUUACGCGAUUUACACGCUCCAAGGUGCAAGAAACAAUUUUCUAAAUUGUACGACUGUUAAAAAAAAAAGAAAAAGAAUCAGUUUUCUGCAGCUAACACAACACCGGCACGACAUCGAGUUUUGCAGUGGUGAGCGUGAGCCGGCUGUAAGGAGAAAAAUAAUAUUCAACUCCAGGUACCAAUAAAAAGAGCCAUCAUUUCGUCCUCAAAUCGAAAACUGUCUGACUUGGUCAUGGCGAAGCGGGCCGCAGGGUUUCUCAUAUUUCGACGGGUUUGCGAGCGCAUAGAGUAUCUGAUGUUGCAAGCCUCCUACGGGCAGCACCAUUGGUCACCGCCCAAAGGGCACGUCGAUCCGGGCGAAGAUGAUUUUAAAACGGCCAUCCGGGAGACGACCGAGGAGUCGGGUUACGAGGAAUCCGACUUGCGAAUUUUCAGGAACCAAACCCGUACGCUCGAGUACAAGGUUAAGGGGCAUGACAAGUCUGUCAUCUACUGGCUAGCGGAGCUGUUGAAUCCGUCCAAGGAGGUAAAACUUUCCGACGAGCACCAGGAUCUCAAGUGGUUGGAGCGUGAUGACGCGAUACAAAUCGCAGGCUACGAAGAUUUCGCAACGAUGGUUCGACACUUCGACGACAAGAUCAAACAGGAUUAUGACCAGUUGUGAACGAGUGAAACAUUCAAAAUACCUAACUAUAUAUUUAACGAGUUUUCCUUUUUCCUAUUACACACAUAUAUUGAAUAUAUUUAAAACGAAGAAACGACUACCGUCGAGAUGCAAGGUAAUAUCGAUUUACAACUUAUAUCCAAUUAGCUUUUAAUUCGCCCUCGCCGCGUUUGGAUCUGAUUGGCGGGGGUAGUAUCACAAAGCACCUACUCAGAGCGGCUCGGCAGGCAGGCACGCAGGCUUCCCGGUUUAAGAAACCGCAAAAUGGGACUGCGACUGCGUGAACCCGCUGCAUUUUAGACGCCAAACGAAGGAAUAUGUAUAGCUUGCAAAGUACUAAUAAAGAUACAAAACGAAAAUGACAAAAAUUAAGGCUCAGUGAAACACUAAAAUAAAC